UCGUCGGUCGCCGCGCUCCAGCCUCCGCCCGCACCAAGCAGCGGGACCCGAGCCGCACGGGGAGGGGCCGCUCCGGGCCGCAGCGCGAGGCCAGCGAGGGGCUGCGGGGACCCGGCACCGGGCGGGGCCGGCGGCGGCGACCAUGAUCGCUUUGUUCAACAAGCUCCUGGACUGGUUCAAGGCCCUGUUCUGGAAGGAGGAGAUGGAGCUCACGCUAGUCGGGCUGCAGUACUCCGGCAAGACCACCUUCGUUAACGUGAUCGCGUCCGGUCAGUUCAACGAGGACAUGAUUCCCACCGUGGGCUUCAACAUGCGCAAAAUCACCAAAGGGAACGUCACCAUCAAACUCUGGGACAUCGGGGGACAGCCCCGGUUCCGCAGCAUGUGGGAACGCUACUGCCGAGGGGUGAGCGCCAUCGUGUACAUGGUGGAUGCUGCUGACCAGGAGAAGAUUGAGGCUUCCAAGAAUGAGCUGCACAACCUCCUGGACAAGCCUCAGCUGCAGGGCAUCCCGGUGUUGGUCCUGGGCAACAAGCGAGACCUCCCCGGAGCCUUGGACGAGAAGGAACUGAUUGAGAAAAUGAAUCUGUCGGCCAUUCAGGACCGAGAGAUCUGCUGCUACUCCAUCUCCUGCAAAGAAAAGGACAACAUCGACAUUACCCUGCAGUGGCUUAUUCAACACUCAAAGUCACGGAGAAGCUGAGACCGCAGCCCUCCUCCAGAACCCGGGACCGUGGUCAUCAAAACCUGAAGCCGAGCUCCCUGCCCAUCCCCCCAUAGCCUCCCUCCCCCAAGCCCACCCCUCCUCAUUCAGCAUGGGGAGGGCUCCCGGGCUCCCAGAGCCCCAUUCUGCUGAGAUCUGAACUCCUGUUUUUAUUGUAAAAUAAGCUGUCCCUCCUCUCCCCACCCCCAUUCUGGAGCCCUGGCCUGUUCCUUCCCAAAUUGGCCACCCACCCCCUUUGCAGCCCUGCCUGCCCUGCCCCCCACUUCCCUUUGCCACUCUCUGUUAGUGUCCUGUGUGUACAGUAUAUAUAUGUAUAUAUAUUUUAAUUUUUUAAUUUAAGCAAAGACUAAAACCGACCAUUUGAUGCUGCAGGGGCCUCGUGGGAUCGGGGAGGGGCGGCGCAGGUUGCCAAGGAAAAGCAAGUUGGGGGGUGGCCUGGGGCCCGUUCAGGCUGGGAAAGGGGGCGGCUGGCCCCAUCCUGGGCAUACCUGCCUUGGCCUGGCCUGCACCCAUGCGGGAGCCUCUGCAGGCACCUCCUGCACCCUGCUUGGCCUUGGGACACUGGGGGCACCAAUAGGUGCCAGAGCCCCAGCCAGGCCUAAGGGGCAGGAAGCCAUCGUCCACUGUCCCCUCCCUUCCGUCUGGCCUGCCCCCACCCCCCUCCUGCCCCUCCCCAGGCCCCUCUGCCGCCUGCCUCAGUUCUGUUCUGUUUGCAGGGUUGUACAAGGAGAGAACUCAGCAUGGGGGCUUGGCUCUUUGGGUUUUGUUUGUUUAUUUGUUUUUAAUUUAAUGAUUUGUAAAGUGAUGGUCCUCUUCCUUUUUUUACACUUUUCAGCUCAUAUUUAACCUCUGUUUCAAAAAACGAUUCUUGUAACUGUACAUUUUUUUUUCCUCCUAAUAACUACAGAAAAACAAAAUAAACAACCGAUUUUGUGUUGG